AUGCAGAGCAACAGCAGCGCCUCCACAUCAGCACCCAUUGGUGCGCUGAGCGCAUGCGGGGGAGAGGAAGAUGAGCGUGAACUCUCCAAACUGGUCAACCCCAGCGGAGCCGGGUCCAACCUGGCUGCCUUGAACCUGUCCCUCAACUGCUGGCUCCAGAUCCUCUCCAAGGAACCUUCUGUGGAUCUGCACGGAGACAGUGCCAACACGGUGGUACGAGUCCUCAUCGCUCUGGUCUACCUGGUGGUGUGUGUCUUGGGACUCGUGGGUAACCUCCUGGCACUCUUCUUGCUUCACUUCCGCCGCCGAGGUCACCACUACUCCUCCAUCGACUGUUUCGUGAUGAACCUGGCGCUCACUGACCUACAGUUCGUCCUCACCUUGCCCUUCUGGGCCGUGGACACGGUGCUGGACUUCCGCUGGCCCUUUGGCAGGGUCAUGUGUAAGAUCGUGAGCUCGGUCACCACCAUGAAUAUGUACGCCAGCGUGUUCUUCCUCACUGCCAUGAGCGUGACCCGCUACCACUCCCUGGUCACCUCACUGAAGAUUGCCUCUCCGAGGAUGGCGGCUGCUCGGGCUAAGUGGGCUAGUUUGGCUAUUUGGGUGGUCUCGCUGGUGGUCACACUGCCUCAUUCCAUCUACUCCACCACUGUUCAGGUGUCUGCCGACGAUGAGCUUUGCCUGGUGAGGUUCUCCGCAUCAGAUUCAGGUCACUUGGAUCCUCAAGUACUCCUUGGGCUCUAUCAAAUGCAAAAAGUGCUUCUGGGAUUUGUCUUUCCUUUGAUAAUCAUUAGCGUGUGCUACCUCCUCCUCCUGAGAUUUAUCCUGAGCCAGCGUGCGGUGGGCAGCGUGAUAGGCGGUGGUGUCGCAGAGAGGUCCGAAUGCGAGCGAGGUCGCCACCGUCGCCGCUCCAAAGUCACCCGCUCCAUCACCAUCGUAGUUCUGUCUUUCUUCGUCUGCUGGCUGCCCAACCAUGCUCUGACCCUGUGGGGCGUGUUGAUCAAGUUUGACCUGGUGCCCUUCAGCAAAGCCUUCUACAACACGCAGGCUUAUGCCUUCCCCCUGACCGUGUGCCUGGCCCAGGCAAACAGCUGCCUCAACCCAGUCCUUUACUGCCUCAUCCGCCAGGAAUAUCGCGCUGGACUCAAGAAGCUUCUGCUCCAGGUGUCCAUCCCAAUACAAAACAUUUUCACCCAGGCUCUGAGGGGGAGGAGAGUGGAGGAAGCUCCCACAAGCUCGGUCAUGUUAAAUAAAGACAAUAUGUAA